AUGGCCUGGGACUCCAUUGAAGCCCCCUUGGACAGCUGCUGGAAGCCCCCUUGGAUGCACGCCAUCUGCUCGAUGAAAGUCUCAGGAGAAGAGGAAGCUUGCUGCGCAGCUGCGCUGCGCCUUGCCCCCAAACCCUUCAUUUCCAAUUUCACACUUCCUCUCCCCACCCUCUCAAACCCUAACCUCUCCCCCAACCUCCCAACCUCCAACAACCUCCAUCAUCAACUCUUCGCUGGGCCACCAAUCACCACCGUUCGCCGCCGUCCUCCUCCCUCAUCCUCCAUUGUUUUCAACUACAAAUUUAUGAAACGAUUCUUUAAAAGAAAAUUAUCUACGGAUAGUCCUUCUCCGUCUAAUCCGGGUAGUUCAAAUGCAAGUCUAAUUGAAGUAGAUGAGAUCUUAGCUAAUCUUCAGGCAGACCCUGGACUAAGAACUCGAAUGGCGGAUUAUAGUCCUAAUAUUCGGGAUGAGAUUCGAAGAGCAUAUCUAUAA